AUGGCAAUGAUCAAGUCAGAGAGGAAGAAAGAACUGUUGAAAUGGUUCAUAUUCAGCAGGAUAAAGAAUGAUAGUUCAUUCGCUAUACUUAUGAAGAAGACAGGUAGCAAUGGAAAGGGUUACUUGGACAGAUACUUUGUGCUGCAUCGCAAUUACAUCCUUUAUUAUAAGCCUGGCAAGUUGGAUGGUCGCCCCGACGACAACCAGGAGCCACAAGGAUAUAUCAACUUGGGCGAUUGUAUCCUCGAGGAGACCAAAGCCAUCUUUAAGACACAGCCACUCACCUUCCAAAUCGCUUCCAAAUCGGGGCGCACCUACAACAUACGCGGCAAGGAUGAGCGCACAAUCGAGCAGUUCCUGCAGUUGAUCAGGCCGCGCAUCAAGUCACUCAACCAAAUUACACAAGACUCCCUGGGCAACAUUGCUGAGCACUUUAGCACCAUCACAACACAACUGCCCAAGACAAUGAAACUGCCGGACAGGGUAAAGCCAGACGUUGCUACAAAGUGGAUAGUGGAGAUGAAGGACUAUAAUGAUGCAUAUGAUGCUUGGGAACCGUGGCUGAUGAAGUUGGAGCAGUUCUCAGAGCACUGCCACGGCGAGACAAAGAACUAUAUUGAUUGGUUCGUCAGCUCGGACGGCCCGCGCCUCUCGAUGAUCAGGUGCGAGGAGCUGGUGCUCGACAACUGGGUGGACUUUAUUAAGAAGACGGCCAGCGAGAUACACACGUACGAGGAGACGAGACACUUCCGCGAGGACUACGACGACAUUAUCCAACACGUGCGCAACAUGGCCAUCCUGGUGGAUAGCUACAACCUGUUCAUGCGCGAGUGUCACAAGAGCGUCAAGCACGUCGACAAGUUCCUCGAGGAGAAGCAGAUCUUCCAACAAUAUGUGCAGAUAUACAGCAAGGCGCCGUCGCGCCACUCGAUCUCCUUCAACAACACCGACACGACACCCGGCAAGAUCGAGCCCAGCGCCGAUCUGGCGCUCGACGCCGAAGCCGCCGCACUCAACUCUUGGUUCUACAUGCGCAACACGCUCUACUGCGGGCCCUCUGGUGACGACGCCAGGAGCGACAGCAAGCUAGGCAGCAGUGGUGAGAUCGACGAGUGGCGCUUUGGCGAGGGCGUCUUUGUACACAAGAAGUACGGCCAGGUGCUGUGGAACAACCGCACAUGGAUCUGGUCGCACGCCAAGACCGACUACAGGAUCCGCUUCGACUGGGACGCGGUCAACCAAUCGUUCGUCUUCUACCAGCCCAACAGUGCCAAGGGCGCACUACAGAGCACUCUGUCGGCCAAGAAACUGUCAGUGUCCCGCAAGCCAUUCCCCACAACUGUGUACGCCGACUGGAAGUACGCCAACAACAUGCUGACGGCUGUGGUCCUAGGCAGCAAGACGGAGCCACCCAUCAAGUGCUUCCAAUCUCAAGGCUAUGUACCAAUACCAACGAUACUCAUUGCAGCCAUGCUGCCGCACAUCAAGAGCUCACUUGAGCAACUGGACAUCAUUGGAAGUGCU